GCAAAUAUAAAUGAAGCUUCGCUUGCAGGCCCGCAGCUCAUCUCCUGCUGUGCAGCCUGGUUCCUAACAGGCCCAGGGAUUGGCAACCCCUGUCUUAGGGAACAAAGUGACCUGUCUGAUUUCAGAUAAACCUCUUUCUACCACUUUAUAAUAAGCUGUAGCCUCUCUGACAGCCAAACAUCAGGUCUUUUUCAAGGUAAAGUGACAUUUAUUAUAGCCUUUAUAUAUUUCUUAACCAUUAAGUGUAUAAAACUGCUACUGUUUUUAUUAGGUUCCUGAUUUUCUUUUAUGCUCGUAAGCCCUGUGGUUUCACUGUGCAACUUUGCAUAGUAGUGAUUUUUUUUGUUUGUUUGUUUUGGUAACAUACACGUAACAUACAUUACAGUAGAACUGCCUGUGUAUACAAAUCUCUUAAAAUUUUAAUACGGACCCUGGCUUGGUCAUAAUAGUUAUGGCAGCUUAAAUAAUUUUUGGCCAAUUAAAAAGUUUUAAUAGUUUCUUUGUGUUUUAUUUUUAUUCUUAGCAAGCUUAAAAAAUAGUAAAAGGCUUGCAAUAAAACAAGCCUCCUGCUUUACCCCGACUCUGCUCUGCACUUUUCUUUUUCUGUCUUGUCCCCCGAAUCAGCCACUUUGGUCUGCGUUCACUCUUGCAGCAUCUGCCUCGAGCUUUUAUCCGGUCACGUGGGUAUGCCUUGCUUUGUUUGUUCUCCCUGUGUUAUGAAGAAACUGGCUUGAUGGGUGGCCUGGACGGACUUCAUUAUGAUAUGGACAAGUCGCAGCUUUAUUUUCUGCGUUACAGCUUCAGACAUGCCCUGCGAACGCUCCCUCCCCGGUCCUGGCGCUUAUCUCAGUGAGAGCUCCUUAUGUUCUGGCCCCAUCUUACUUGGCUGUCAGUUACUUUCAGACAGCGGAAAGUCCAGUCCAUACUCUAGUUCCAGCCCCAAUGCUUCCCUAACUUGGGCAGAGGGGAGAUUGGGGCGCUUUCUCUCUAUUCCCACUGCAUCUUCUAGUUGCCCUCCUGUGGGGGGUCCCCUAGGUAGGGAUGGGAAGAUCAGUGGUUAGACAUUAGACGCUUCUGUCUGGCAGUCAGUGGCCAGCCCCAUGGGGGUUGCUUGGAGCCUGUGACAGGGCUCUACCUUGUAUGUUCCUGCUGUGAGCCGUUCUCUCUCCCACCUCUUCAGGCUCCCCCAGAAUCGCACUUGCUGUCUCUUCUCUCCGGGGCCCUUCUCCCUGCAGGCGAUGCUGUUGAGGAGGAGUGUGUCCCGGUGUCGAGUCCGGGAACCUUCUGGGUGUCAGCUCCCACCUGCCUGCCUUUGCGGAGCGCUCUAGCAGUCUUGUCUUCAGAAUUUCCCCCAGGAAACACAUAGCAGAUUGGAUUCCUCACUUACUGAAAUCCUAACACAGGUCUGUCCCUCCUGACGGCGGGCUUAGUGGACAUCUGGGCUGCGCGUGAGACACUGUCCCCUCCCCAUCCCCCACAGGCACUCUCCUGCACGGGGCACUUCUCCCUCAGUGACCCACUUCAGUGGCUUGCUUCUCUCCAGCAGCUUCUUCACUGCCAUCCGCCCGUCGUCCCUCAGGCUCCCGGGCUCCUCGAAGGGCAGCAUCUUCGGUUUGCUUGGCCAGGACCCUUCUGUCCUCAGCACUCCACGUGCCAUGUCACCUCCAUCAGGACGUCCUCUGUCUGUCUGCACAUCAUGCCCAGAAUCCCGCCCCUGCUCUUUGCCCCACUGCGCUUGCUGCGGCCCCAGCUACCUUCCUCUCCCCGCGGAACCGGAACCGGAACCGGACCGCUCCCUUCUCCACGGCAGUCAGGGUGGCCUCAGAUCCGAGGCAGAGCGCGCCCCUCCUGUUCAGGGCCUCUGGUGGUUCCUCCUCACUUGGAAUAAAAUCCCAAGUCGUUACCAUGUCCCAUGAGCCCUGGUGGGCCUCAGUCGCAGCCACUUAUUUUCUUGAAAGAAGGCUUGGAAUUCACCUGUUUGGCGUGUUUUUUAUAGUGCCAGGCUGUCACUCCCACUGAGACCCGGGACGGGCUGAGCAGCUGGCAAGAUGCCAGACGCUUCUGGAGCAUCAGACCUUCCCAUGUGGCACCGUUAUUUAGAAUUGUUCUCUCCAUCUCUGUGCAAAACGUAUCCUAGGCGUGUUUUUACAAAGACUCAAACACUUUCAUUUGCACGUAUAGAUGUUUGUUUCCUUGUACAAGACCGAAAGCUUCUCGAGGGCAGAAGUGUACUGUACUCAUCCUGAAAUCCUCAGGACACGACAGAGUAUCUGGCACACAGAACUCAGAGGUUUUUUCUUAAACAGUUCUCUCUGAAAAUAUGCGCGAGCCUGGAGGAGGCAGCGCGAAGGAACGUUGCUCCUUCCCUGCUUCCUCUCCGUCCUUCCCACGUCCCCUACUGUGAUUGCAUCCGAUUGAGUGGGGUGUAUAUUAUUACAGGGGUUAUUGUCAUUCAAGGAUGUAUCCAUGGAGUUCACCUGGGAAGAAUGGCAGCUGCUGGAUCCCACGCAGAGGUACCUGUACAGAGAAGUGAUUCUGGAAAACUACCGCAACCUGGUGUCUGUGGGGUAUCAUGGCACCAAACCCGAUUUAAUCUUCAAGUUGGAGCAAGGAGAAGAGCCCUGGAUCCUAAGUGCCAGAAUUUCUCACGAGAGCUGUGCAGGUUGGAAAGAAUGGUACCAGAAAAACCAAGAUGAGCUUCAAAGUAUUGAGAGAAACUAUGCUUGUAAUGCAUUUGGAAAACUUCAUCUGAGCAAAACUCAUGUUUCUUCAAGACAAAGACUUCCUAAGUAUAACACUCACGGAAAAAAUUCGACACAAAACUCAGGUUUAGCCAGAAGCUAUCUAAGAAAGAAUCCUGAUAAGUUUCACGGAUAUGAACAAUCGUAUUUUCUUAACCAUCAAAGAACUCAUAGUAUAGAAAAGAACUGCGUAUGUGGUGAAUGUGGGAAAGCUUUUCGUUGCAAAUCACAGCUCAUUGUACAUCUCAGAAUCCACACAGGAGAGAGACCUUAUGAAUGCACUAAGUGUGAAAGAGCCUUCAGUGCCAAGUCAAACCUUAAUGCUCACCAGAGAGUUCACACAGGAGAAAAACCCUACACAUGUAGCGAAUGUGGGAAAGUCUUCUCUUUCAGGUCACAGCUCAUUGUCCAUCAGGAAAUCCACACAGGAGGGAAACCUUAUGGUUGCGGUGAAUGUGGGAAAGCCUACAGCUGGAAAUCACAGCUCAUUCUACACCAGAGAAGCCACACAGGAGUGAAACCCUAUGAAUGCAGAGAAUGUGGGAAAGCCUUUAGUUUGAAAUCACCAUUUGUUGUGCACCAAAGAACUCAUACAGGAGUGAAACCCCAUAAGUGCGACGAGUGUGGAAAAGCCUUUAGGAGUAAGUCAUACCUCCUCGUUCACAUCAGAAUGCACACAGGAGAGAAACCUUAUCAAUGCAGUGACUGUGGGAAAGCUUUCAAUAUGAAGACACAGCUUGUCGUACAUCAAGGAAUUCACACAGGAAACAAUCCCUAUCAAUGCAGUGAAUGUGGGAAGGCCUUUGGUAGGAAGGAACAGCUCACUGCACAUCUGAGAGCUCACGCAGGAGAGAAGCCCUAUGGAUGCAGCGAAUGUGGGAAGGCUUUCAGCAGCAAGUCAUACCUCGUUAUUCACAGGAGAACACACACAGGAGAGAGACCUUAUGAAUGUAGUUUUUGUGAGAGAGCCUUUUGUGGGAAGUCACAGCUAAUCAUACAUCAGAGAACUCACUCAACAGAGAAGCCCUAUGAAUGCACUGAGUGUGAGAAAGCUUAUCCCAGGAAGGCGUCACUUCAGAUACACCAGAAAACUCAUUCAGGAGAGAAACCUUUUAAAUGUAGUGAAUGUGGGAAAGCCUUCACUCAGAAGUCAUCUCUCAGUGAACAUCAAAGGGUUCAUACAGGAGAGAAGCCAUGGAAAUGUUCUGAAUGUGGAAAGUCCUUCUGUUGGAAUUCAGGGCUCCGUAUACAUCGAAAAACUCACAAGUGAGAAAUUAGAAUGAAGUAGAUGGUAGAAGCAUUCUAACAGAACUUGAGCCUCAGGAGAUUUCAGAUGACAAUUUAGACAGGAUAUAUAAGCAGGAAGUCUUAAGACCACUCAUAUCAAGUCAUACAGGAUAGAAACCAAUCAUGUUUGGAAUGAAUGUGCAAAGUGUACAAAAAAUAUCACAGAUCUUUAUAGGUGAGAAUAAUUGAAGGAAUCGAGCAGUAACUAUCAAAUGUAGUGACAUCAUUAUGAAGAUUUAAUUUGAAGAAUUCUUAUUGAGAACCUUUUAUAAGUUUAGUAAAUUGGGAAAGCAUUUUCCUAUAGGAAAUGUGUUAUGUGGAGAGUCACACUCCCGAUUUAAAGCUUUGUUUUAGAGGGAAGAAAAUCUCUAAAUGGUAGAUUUUUUUCCAUGGUGGAGUAUAAAGUUUUUUACUUUAAGAUGUAAAUAAAAUAAUGGUGAGGAAAACAGCCAGGAACAUAUUCUGAAGGUUAAGGGGUAUUUAAUGUGACUUUCCUGAGCAACACUGAAUGGCAUUUUUUAAACUUUUGGUAUUUUUUUAAUGUUACAUGUUAUACAUAUUUUGAUAGUUUGUGGAACAACAUCCUCCAAUAUUCUCCAUAUUAAAUGCUAAACAUAAA